ACGAAAGUAAUGAACUGAAAAGACAUAACAACCUCCUCAUCGAAAUCUAGUUGUGUACUUCUCGAGAGGCGAGGCUGAUCCGACUUUGAAAAUGGCCGAAGAGCCCGUAGUAGUGUUGCCCUCCACCUCAAACCCAUCUUCAUCCCCUAAUUUGCCUUCAGAAACUCUCCCCAAAUCACAGGUUCCGGCAGUCUCUGGGGGGCUUCCGUCUUUCCCAAAUGGUGAUCUUCAAAUUUUACCAAUCAUGUAUCCAAUGCUUGUUCCUGGAUUGCAAGAUCAGGAACAGAGGAACCGUGGAUCAGGCCUUUAUGCUGUUCCCGUUCACCCAUUUACGGGGUCAGCUACUGGAUUUUCGUCUAAUACUCUGAUUCCUCUUACCUACAAUGUACCCACAAGUAGAGCAAGCCCGGAUGUCGGCACUGGCGGAGAGCAGCAUGGCCAAGAAGGACAGCAACAACCACAACAACAGCGUCAGCAGCAACACCCUGGACCUCAGAGACGAGUUGUUGUAAGGAGAUUUCAAAUUCAGUUUCGGCUGGAUCCGGUUCUUAUUCUGAAGCUGAUAGCAUUAUUACUUUUGUUCAAUCAAGAUGGAUCUAGACAAAAGAUGCUCAUCCUUGUGAUUUGCGCUUCAAUUGUCUAUUUAUAUAAAACUGGCUCACUCACACCAUUGAUAGAAUGGCUCUCUCGAGCCAUGGAUAGGGCAGCUGUGCCUCCCCAACCACCAAGACCUGCAGCCAGGGCUGAAAAUGUUCAUCCUGCUGCAAGGCAAGGGAAUGAUAAUGCUGCUUUGCCAGAUGGACAACCAGGAGUCGAGAAUGAAAAUCGACCUGCAGACGCGAAUGAGAACGCACCGGAACCAGGAGCCAAUGGUGGUAACCGCUGGUGGGGAAUUGUCAAAGAGAUUCAGAUGAUUGUUUUUGGCUUCAUCACUUCUCUCCUCCCAGGUUUUCAUGAUAUAGAAUAGAUCAUACCCAGGGAAAGUAGCAGGGCUUUUUACCAAAGAGAUGUAAGUUAUAGCCCCAAUUUAGCUUAUCAUUUACCUUUGGAGGAAGCAGUGUAUGUAUGAGUACUGCAACGCUAUUAACAUAAAACAUGUUAUGUAUGUUUUGAAAUGCUUGUGCAGAAGCUUUCUAGAGUUUUUACUGCU